AUACGUGAGGAGAGAUACGUGAGGAGGGAUACGUGAGGAGGGAUACGUGAGAGGGGUACGUGAGGAGAGAUACGUGAGGAGGAUUCCCGGGAUCGACCAGGCAGAGGCCAUGACGUGUGACCACUGCACAAAGGCGGAAUGCUCCAAGAGGAAAGGGGUGACCCCCGGAGCAGCGGGGGAGCAGGCGGGGAGCGCGGGGGAGCAGGCGGGGGAGCAGGCGGGGGAGCAGGGCGCAGAGGAGAAGGGACCGGGCCGGGGUGAGUGUGGUGGUGAGGAGCGGACGCAGGCUCUGCUGGUCAGCGACUGCCUGGCGUGCGGAGGGUGCCUGUCAGCGGGUGAGCGCGUGCUCAUGGCUCAGCAGAAUCCCAAGCAGCUGAUGGACGUGCUGCGCCCGCCAGAGGGCGGGCGCCGGGUGCGGGAGGUGGUGGCGUCGGUGUCACCCGAGUCGCUGGCGUGGCUGGCGGCACGGUACGGCAUGGACACGGCGGAGACGGCACGCAGACUCACGGGCUUCCUGCACGGCCUGGGUGUGCACCGUGUACUGGACGUGUCGGUGGCACGCGACGUGGCGCUCGCCGAAUGCCAGCGCGAGUUUGUGCAGCGAUUCCGUCAUGAGCCGGCACGACUUCCCCUUCUCACAUCCUCCUGCCCCGGCUGGGUGCGCUUUGUGGAGCGACUGCACGGGGAGGCGGUGACUCCCUACCUGAGCCGCGUUCGCUCGGCGCAGCAGGUGAUGGGAGCCCUGCUCAAGGAGAGGUUUGCUCAGCGGCAGGGAGUCGGACCCGAGGAGCUGUUCCACGUCACGGUGAUGCCGUGCUACGACAGGAAGCUGGAGGCCACUCGGCCAGAGUUCCGGCACGCGACUGUGGAGACACCACACGUGGACUGCGUCCUCACCACCGGUGAGCUGGUUUCCAUGCUGGAUGCAGAAGGGAAGUCACUGGCGGAGGUAGAGCCAGGUGCCCUGGAUACUCUGUUCGGGGAGGAGGGUGCAGAGGGCCCUGCACAGGAGCGGCUGUGGGGGCCUGGGCGGCCAGGAGGCCCUGAUGGCGCCGUGGGCUGCUACCUGGAGGCCGUGCUGAGGCACGCAGCGCACGAGCUCUUCGGGGUCGACGUGAGAGAGGUGACCUACAGCACGCUGCGCAACAAGGACAUGUGGGAGGCGCGCGUGGAACGGGACGGCGAGGUGUUGCUGCGCUUCGCCGGCGCGUGCGGCCUGCGCAACGUGCAGAACGUCGUGGCCAAGCUGCGCCGCGGCCGCCUGCCGUACCACUUCGUGGAGAUCUCCGCAUGCCCCUCCGGCUGCCUGAAUGGACCGGGUCAGCCCAGCGAUCAGGCCGGCGGUCAAGCCGGCGGUCAAGCCGGCAGUCAGCCCAGCGGUCAAGCCGGCCGUGGCGACCUGGCCGCGGCACAGGAAGCGUACCGCGCCGCCACUCCUCGUGACCCCCCUGACCUCCGGGAGGUCAACUCUGAUUGGCUGGGAGAGGCCGACUCGGGGAGAGCUCUGAGAGAGCUGGUCACCACCACUUUCCAGACGCGCGCGACGGGGGACAGGGAGCAGGGCCACCAGUGGUGACGGGGGUCGAGGUAGGGGAUGACGCACACUCGUGUAAAAAAGGCAGAGGUGCAACUCUGUAAUUUCUCGGUUGCACCACUGCUGUAGCGGGAGGGGCCCCCUCCCACCAGAGGGAGCUCUGCGCUGGCUCAGACGUCUUGGAAUAAGUAAGUAGGAGUACUCGCGUAUCAUGCCCCCGCUGCCGAUCGACUAACUAUGGGUGUGCCCAUUCGUACUGCCGGGCUCUGACGGUGGUGGUGGUGUGGGGGGGGGGGCGGGGAUAUUCACAAAACUUGCGCCGUCGUUUCAACUGCCGAGCUUGGGGGAUCGAAACCGAACCGACCUCUGAACCGGUGACCUCUGAAGUCAGGUGACCCCCCCCUAAACCGCCACGCCACAGUGGCAGCUCGUAUGACGUACGUGUUCGUUAAUAAAGCAUGCACUGAUUGGAGCUUGUGCCGGUGAAAUGUUUUGCACUAUUUAACUAUAAACUAUUUUAUUUUACCAAGUAAGGCCCGCUUAGCUGUAUAGCUUUUUGUUCAGAAACGACCUGGCUGUCACAAGUGAUGGCUCUCAACGAAGUGGCUUAUCACGUGGCAAUUUAUAGCAGUAGCCAAUUACUCUAAACGCGUGACAUCGAUUUUAAAUGUGGAGGGAAAAACCUGGAGAAAAAUCCACGCGACCCUCGGCCUGGCGAGGCCACCGUGGGGGUCCCGGGCCGAGCACACUCGCCACUUUGCAAACUGGUGGUCGUGCGAACUUGGUAUCUUUUCGAUUUAAAGCUUUCGUGACUGCAGGGAUUCAUCUUCUUGGUUCUUUCGGUAAAGUCACGUAGAAGGGAAAUA